UACUUGCUGGCGGCGCCCCGGCAGCGUCCGGCUGGCGGCGGCGGCGGCGCGCUAUGGAGCACGUGACGGAGGGGUCCUGGGAGUCGCUGCCGGUGCCGCUGCACCCGGGGGUGCUGGGUGUGCUGCGGGAGCUGGGUUUCCCGUACAUGACGCCGGUGCAGUCUGCAACCAUCCCUCUGUUCCUGAAAAACAAAGACGUUGCUGCAGAAGCGGUCACAGGUAGUGGCAAAACCCUUGCUUUUGUCAUCCCCAUCCUGGAGAUUCUUCUGAGAAGGGAAGAGAAGUUAAAAAAGAGUCAGGUUGGAGCCAUCAUCAUCACGCCCACGCGAGAGCUGGCUAUUCAGAUAGAUGAGGUCCUGUCGCAUUUCACGAAGCCCUUCCCGCAGUUCAGCCAGAUUCUCUGGAUUGGAGGCAGGAAUCCUGGAGAAGAUGUUGCGAGGUUUAAGGAACAGGGUGGGAACAUCAUCGUGGCGACUCCAGGCCGCUUGGAGGACAUGUUCCGCAGGAAGGCCGAGGGCCUGGCUCUGGCCAGCUGUGUGCGGGCCCUUGACGUCCUGGUUUUGGAUGAAGCAGACAGACUUCUGGACAUGGGGUUUGAGGCAAGCAUAAACACCAUCCUGGAGUUUUUGCCAAAGCAGAGGAGAACCGGCCUUUUCUCUGCCACUCAGACGCAGGAAGUGGAGAACCUGGUGAGAGCCGGCCUCCGGAACCCUGUCCGCAUCUCCGUGAAGGAGAAGGGCCUGGCCGCCAGCAGCACCCAGAAGACCCCCUCCCGCCUGGAGAACUACUACAUGGUAUGUAAAGCAGAUGAGAAAUUUAAUCAGCUGGUACAUUUUCUUCGCAAUCAUAAGCAGGAAAAACACCUGGUCUUCUUCAGCACCUGCGCCUGUGUGGAGUACUACGGCAAGGCUCUGGAGGCCCUGGUGAAGAGCGUGAAGAUAAUGUGCAUCCACGGAAAGAUGAAAUACAAGCGCAAUAAGAUCUUCAUGGAGUUCCGAAAACUGCCGAGUGGGAUUUUAGUGUGUACCGAUGUCAUGGCCCGAGGAAUAGACAUUCCCGAAGUAAACUGGGUUUUGCAGUACGACCCUCCCAGCAAUGCCAGUGCUUUCGUGCAUCGCUGUGGCCGCACAGCCCGCAUUGGCCAUGGCGGCAGUGCGCUCGUGUUCCUCCUUCCCAUGGAAGAGUCAUACAUCAAUUUCCUUGCAAUCAACCAGAAAGAAGCCUUGGGGAGGAGAUUGCAGCUAGAGGUGAGAAUGUGGUCUCUGCAGUGCCCCCUGCAGGAGAUGAAACUCCAGAAAAACACAAUGGACCUUCUUCCAAAGCUCCAGUCCAUGGCCCUGGCCGACAGAGCUGUGUUUGAAAAGGGCAUGAAAGCUUUCGUGUCAUACGUCCAGGCUUAUGCGAAGCAUGAAUGCAACCUCAUCUUCAGAUUAAAGGAUCUUGAUUUUGCUCGUCUUGCUCGAGGGUUUGCUCUGCUGAGGAUGCCCAAGAUGCCAGAACUGAGAGGAAAGCAGUUUCCAGAUUUUGUGCCUGUGGACGUUAACACAGACACCAUUCCCUUUAAAGACAAAAUCAGAGAAAAGCAGAGGCAGAAACUACUGGAGCAACAAAGAAAAGAGAAGACAGCAAAUGAAGGGAGAAGAAAAUUCAUAAAAAAUAAAGCUUGGUCAAAGCAGAAGGCCAAAAAGGAAAAGAAGAAAAAAAUGAAUGAAAAAAGGAAAAGAGAAGAGGGCUCGGAUAUUGAAGACGAGGACAUGGAGGAACUUCUGAAUGACACAAGGCUCUUGAAAAAGUUUAAAAAGGGCAAAAUUACUGAAGAAGAAUUUGAGAAGGGGUUGUUGACAAGUGGCAAAAGAAGAGCUAAGACUGCAGAUUUGGGGAUCUCAGAUUCUGAGGGGGGGGGGGGAAGGGCGGGGCUUCACACUCUUGAAUAUUUUACUAGAAACAUACCAGCCUUGAAGUCUAACAGAAGAAAGUGUAAAAUUACUUGAGUGUAAAUAAUAGAUGGCAAUAUUUAUUUUAUGGGUUGCCUGUAAUUAAAGAUCGAAUUUUUCUGUGGCUACUUUAUACUUAUUUUUUAACAUAAAGAUAGUAACGUAUACUUGAUUUUAGGCUUUUUAAAAUCCUUCUGUGUUUUCAGGCACCUGCCCUCCUGGGUGUCCUUCCCCCUGGACUUGAGUUGUCUCUUGAUGCACCGCACAGAACACGUGCACAGGGUGGCUGAGGUUGCUGGGGUUUUUCUAAGAAUAGUCCCCAGUACUGCCUUAUCGGGGAGUAUCUGAAAACAGGAAGCAAGUCAUUUUCUGGGAAAGAAAAUUAUGUCUGUUCAAUAAACUAUAUCCUAAUCGAC